GCGGGGCGGGGCCCGGGAGAUUCACGCGCUCGCUGCCCUCCGCGGUCUCCAGAACCAGGUCCGUCUCCCUGCAGGGCCCGCGGACCUCUCCUCGCUCUCGCUGGCCGUUUCCAGGACCACGGGUAAGCACCCCUUCACAGUCCCUGCCCUCCAGGAGUCCGGGAGGGGGGUGCUUACCGAGGGCUGUGUCCUUCCCUACCCUGUGAAGUGGUGUCUAGGAGCCCGACAGGUAAAACUAACCACCUGUUCACGUCUAAGAGGAACCCUCUUUCGAGAUGCACCGUGGGAUUGGUGCCACCUCCCGUUCACUGUGUGAAUGUCUGCAAUCACUUCUCUCUGGGCCUCAGUUUUCUUCAUCUGUAAAAUGGGCAUAAUAUCAGUGCCUCCUUUCUAGGGGGCUUGAGAGGAUUCAGUGAGUUGAUACAGGUAAACCUUCAGAGCAGGGUCUGGUACUAGGGGACAGGUAUCUGGAUCUUUGGUUACAAAUGAGAGUAAUUCCUGACGUCAUCCGUUCAAUAAAUGUGUAUUGAGCUCCUGAUGGGCAGUGCUGGGGACACAGCUGUGACUGACACAGCCCCAGCCCUGACCUCACGGGGUCCCCAGCCAAGAUAGGGAGACAGAUGGGUAAACAGCUGAUUCGGUGUGGAAUACUACUAUGUGAUAAGGGUUAUGAAGAAAUCUUAGGGUCACUGAUAUGGAGUACCAGAGAAGGGAAUGGGAAGAAUUGAAGUCCCGGUGGAGGAGGGGAAAGUGAAACCUGGAUAUAGAAGGAAACUUUCAUUUCGAUGGGCCAGGUACAUGCUGGGCCCAGGGGAGACAGCAGGGAUGGGUCAGGGAUCGGUGCACACAGGGAUGGGACACUCACCCUGUGGUGCUCACAGUCCACAACACAAGGUCAUGUCAAAUCCUAAUCGGUGCCAUGAAAAUUAUAAAACAAAGGCUCCUAACUGCCAGGAACCAGGGUGAGGAACCUGGGGGUUGUGUUAGAUAAAGAUAAGUAAGAGCUGUCUAAGGUGACAUUUGAGCGGGGACCUGAAGGAGGAAGGGAUCAUCCCAAGAACUGGGGGGAGACUAUUCAGGCAGAGACUGGCCUGUGCAAAGGUCCUGGGGCAGCAAAGACAGCUGGUUCUCUCCACUCACAUCUGCUCACAUGUGGCCCAUCCUGGCUACCCUUGAAUUGUGGCAGUGUGGGUGGGAGGUUGAGGGGAUGUUAUGUGAACUGAGCCCUGAAUAAAGGGAGGGAGUUCCCAUCAUUUACAGGCUGAUAAUAAUAUUACCUAAGCUUUAUGGAGGGCCUAACAUGGCCAGACCCUGUGCUAAACAGUUGACCUGUGUGAUCCCGAAUCUGCACACUAAACCCCAGAGAUGGGAGCUAUUAUCAUCAUCAAUUUGUAGGGAAGGCAGCUCAGAGAGGUUAUGUGACUUGCUCAAGGCCACACAGCCAAUGAAUGGCAGAGCUGGGAUUCAACCCAACAUCCCACACUCUGAAACUGCUUUCUAACCUCCCCAUUUUACAGACAUAAACUGAGGCCUAGAGGGGAAGGUAUUUACACAAGGCCACCCAACAGCAGUUUCUCUCAACACCUCAUCCAAUAGCAGCCGGCAUUUAUAUAGCACUUACUGUGUGGCAGGUCUAAGUGCUUCCCAUGUUUCAGCUCAUUUACUCUACCCAACAGCCCAACAAGGCAGACACUAUUAUUGUGCCCAUUUUAUGGAUGAAGAAACCAAGGCAUAAAGAGAUUAGGUAACAGGCUCAAGGCCACACAGCUAGCAAAUAGCAGAACCAGGAUUUGAACUGAGAUGGACUAAAGCUCCAGCCACGGCCUCCGGGGACGAGGCUCCCACGGCAGCCUGGAAGCACCCCAAGGGCCCAGACGAAGCCAAACUUGUCUGUGGUCCCAGGUCAUCCAGCAGACUCUUAAUUGAAUUUCACACUGGAAGUUGGCUCUGCCAAUGACCUAAAGCAUGUCCCUUCCUCUCUCCCAGCCUCAGUUUCCCCAUCUGCCAAGUGUGGGUGUCUUCUCCAGCCUGUUGACUUCACAGAUCACAUGAGAUAAGGGGUGCAGGAAAACUGCUUUUCAGGGUGCAAAGGUCUGCCUGCCGGGAGCCGCUCCCUGAGAGUGGGGGAGGACAGGUCUGCAGGUCAAUAAAUCCCCGGGCCACCCUCCCUUUCUGUGUUGCUCCGAAGCCCGCUCACUCCCUCUGGGCUUCCCCUGGACCUGUCUGGGGAAUGACAGGAGAUGAAUUGGAGAUUAUUGACGAAUACAUCAAGGAGAAUGGCUUCGGCCUGGAGGGGGCGCCGCCGGGCCCGGGCGAGGGGCCGCCGCGCCUGGUGUCCCGCGGGGCGGCCUCCCUGAGCACGGUCACCCUGGGCCCCGCGCCGCCGCCGCCCCCGCCCACGCCGCCGCCCUGGGGCUGCCCGAUGGGCCGCCUCGUGUCCCCCGCGCCGGGCCCCGGCCCGCGGCCGCACCUGGUCAUCAGCGAGCAGCCCAAGCAGCGCGGCAUGCGCUUCCGCUACGAGUGCGAGGGCCGCUCGGCCGGCAGCAUCCUCGGCGAGAGCAGCACCGAGGCCAGCAAGACGCUGCCCGCCAUCGAGCUCCGGGACUGUGGAGGGCUGCGGGAGGUGGAGGUGACGGCGUGCCUGGUGUGGAAGGACUGGCCUCACCGCGUGCACCCCCACAGCCUGGUGGGGAAAGACUGCACCGAUGGCGUCUGCAGGGUGCGGCUCCGGCCUCACGUCAGCCCCCGGCACAGCUUUAACAACCUGGGCAUCCAGUGUGUGAGGAAGAAGGAGAUAGAAGCUGCCAUUGAGCGGAAGAUUCAACUGGGCAUCGACCCCUAUAAUGCUGGGUCCCUGAAGAACCAUCAGGAGGUGGACAUGAAUGUAGUGAGGAUCUGCUUCCAGGCCUCAUAUCGGGACCAGCAGGGACAGAUGCGCCGGAUGGACCCUGUGCUGUCUGAACCCGUCUAUGACAAGAAGUCCACGAACACGUCAGAGCUGCGGAUUUGCCGAAUUAACAAGGAGAGCGGGCCGUGCACAGGCGGUGAGGAGCUCUACCUGCUGUGCGACAAGGUGCAGAAAGAGGACAUAUCUGUGGUGUUCAGCACGGCCUCCUGGGAAGGCCGGGCCGACUUCUCCCAGGCCGACGUGCACCGCCAGAUCGCCAUCGUGUUCAAGACGCCGCCCUACGAGGACCUGGAGAUCAUCGAGCCGGUGACGGUCAACGUCUUCCUGCAGCGGCUCACCGACGGGGUCUGCAGCGAGCCACUGCCCUUCACGUACCUGCCUCGGGACCACGACAGCUAUGGUGUGGACAAGAAGCGGAAACGGGGGAUGCCCGAUGUCCUUGGGGAGCUGAACAGUUCUGACCCCCAUGGCAUCGAGAGCAAACGGCGGAAGAAAAAGCCAGCCUUCCUGGACCACUUCCUGCCCAGCCACAGCUCAGGCCCCUUCCUGCCGCCAUCAGCCCUACUGCCGGACACAGACUUCUUCCCCGGCCACGUGUCCCUACCCGGCCUGGAGCCCCCGGGCGGGCCGGACCUCCUGGACGAAGGCUUUGCCUAUGACGCCACGGCUCCCACGCUCUUCACCAUGUUGGACCUGUUGCCCCCCGCGCCGCCCCACGCCAGCGCUGUCGCCGGCAGCGGGGGGACGGUGGCGGUGGUCGGGGAGCCCUCCGGCCCCGAGCCGCUGACGCUGGACUCGUACCAGGCCCCGGGCCCCGUGGACGGGGGUACCGCUAGCCUUGUGGGCAGCAACAUGUUCCCCAAUCAGUACCGCGAGGCGGCCUUUGGGGGCGGCCUCCUGUCUCCGGGGCCUGAGGCCACGUAGCCCCCGGGGCGUCGUAAGAGAGGCGCUGGGUGGGGAGGGAGGCGGAGGGGGCCUUCCCACCCCCUCGUCCUUCUGAAUCGGACAUCUUCGGCGCUGCCCGCAAGCUCUGUAGCACGGGGGCCUCCUUGAGCCCAUUUCAUAAAUGAGAAAACUGAGUCCGGAGAGAAGGGACUUGGCUCCCAUCCCACUGGCUUGUUAAUAGCUGCAUCACCGCCCACAACUGGGGGGCACCUUCUCAGCCGGAUUCUGAAGUGUACAUAUGGAAGGAGGAACAGAGCCCCAUCCACCUCCUUAGGUCUGGAAAGAGAGGGUAGGUUGUUUGUUCCGUCUUUUCAAUAAAGAUGAGUUUUUGAGCCUUG